AAUUUUACCUUGAACUUGCUAGAGUCUGCAUCGAAAUUAAAGCAACUGGAGGCAGCUGCAGCAGUUAAUAAAGAAAACGUCUUGUUAUCAAAGAUCAAAUUCGAAAAUAAAAAUGUAACAAAGUGAAGAGAAGAAGAAUUUUAAAACAAAAUAUUCAAAAAUAAAAAUCAGUGAAAUUUUUUUUUAUUAGUCAAAAUAAAAGGUGUUGUUGUGUGAAUAAAAAGUUAAUAAAAAAAAUUUUUGAAAAAAAGAUUUAAAAAUGUUGUAAAAGAAAACCUUAAAUAAACCGUUAAUAAUAUGUUUUCUAUGGCUGGAAAUGUUACGUUUAACAAAAAAAAGCUUAAUGUUUAAUGACAAUUAAUGUAACGGUUACGAAACGCUCUUUUGGAGACAAUAAAAAGAAUCUAGAAAUCAUAACUUUGUGAAUCAUUCUAAAAAGGUGUUUUUAUAGAGAAGAAUCUUAAAGUUGAAGAUAAGACAAACUAAACUUGCUGUGUGACAACAAUGGAUGGCUUGCGUAAUUUAUUGUUAUUAUUGGUCUUGUUGCCAUUUGUUUACAGUUGGAGUCCCAUACCCAGCUCACGCAGUCGAAGUUUUUAUCCAACUUCACAACAACGACAACAACAAUUACAACAAAAACAACAGCAGCCAGCAGCUUCAAGCCAAAGAAGUGCCGUUUCGCCAUAUUUAGAUUUAGUAUUAUGUCCCAUACGAGAACAGCCCUGGUCUUGUGCACGCCAACAAUCGGCCCGUCUCUUAGAUAUUUGGGAUAGUGAAUUGCAUGUACAGUGGCAAAAGUUGAAAGCUGAAGCUGAUCGUCAAUUGAACUCUACACUAGAAAGACGUGGCUACAGUGAUUCCACAACUUUAAGCAAAGAGAAACCCUCGACAAUUUUAAAGAAAAUUGAAAUUGGCACAAAUUAUAUGAAAGAAUAUUUAGCUGAAACUAUGGAUGGAUUUUUGGGACGUGAAUAUGAAUAUUUACAAAAUACCAAAAACAAUUAUCAAACACAAAACGACGAAGAAAAUGAAGAACAUGCCGAUGAGUAUGAAGAGACUGAGGAUGAUGAUGACGAAGAAGAAGAGGAUGGACAAGAAAAUAAUGCUAAUGAACAGUCAGGAGAUUUAAAAAAUACCAACAAUGGGGCAGAGAAUGCAAAUAAUCAUAGUCAUGAUGCGGAUGGUGAUGUUGAAUUCUUUGAAAUCGAAGAGGGAGCAGAUAAUAACGAAGAUAAUGAACAAGAAACUGAAGAUGCUGUUGAAGAACUCAAAAAACCAGGAGGUGGCAAUAAACGUCGUAAGAAGAAAAAGAAGAAGGGCAGUCAACAUGAUAUUGCAACUCAAGCUGCUAAUCUCUUAGUCAUACAACCAUUAGAACAUCAAUUAGCAUCACAUCAACAUCAUGAUGAUAGUUUUGAUGCGCAUGGUGCUACACAGCUGCUUAAACCAGUUGUUCAGAAAAUCAAACCUCUAAAACAAAAGAAACGCAAGAAGAAGAAGGGUCAACAUGGUGGUGGUCAUGGCGGUGCAACUGCUACUUAUGUUGUUGAACAAGAACCUUCAACCGAUCAUUUCGGUUUGGGUCUACUCGAAGAAUUGGCCGAAUGGGAUGAUGGCGAUGGAUUGGGCGGAAAGCGCAAGAAAAAACAUUCAAUGAAAUAUGGUAGAAGUAAUGGAGUGACUCGCGGCAAGAAAAAGAAGAAGAAGAAGGCUUUAAUGAAAUUGAUGCUUUUGGGCUCUUUCCUUAAGGCCAAAAUAGAAUUGUUGCUGAAACUGUUGGGUGCUCAUUUACAAAUUAAGUUCUUUGCCAUUGCUUUGAUUGGUCUGCUGAUCAAUAUUGCUCGUUUCUGGAUUGAUGUCAAACGUGGUGGUACACCACAGAAGGUUGUUUAUGUUGAACAUGCACAUCAUCAGCAUCAUUAUGAAGAUCAUGGCGAUGACUGGAGUGAAUCGGCCGGUGGUGGUGGUGGCGGCUAUUGGAAGAGAUCUUUGCAAACAGAUUCCACGGAAAACACUUACGAUUCGGUAACCGAUAGUUAUCAACCCCGACCACAACAGGUACAACUACUGCAGCAACAAUCACAACAACAAUACGAUCCCCAAUAUUUGGCAUAUCGAAAUCAAUGGCAACGAAAGUGAAACUUCUAAUCGAUUUGAAAUUUCGAAAUUUUCUUUAAUCUAGUGAAUGUUUGUAAACAUAUAAAAGAUAAUGAACCUUAAAUUUUGUUUUAAAAAUUUUGUUUUGGUUUUAGCGAAAAGAAAAAUAUUUAAAUUUAAUGUUUUGUAAAAAAAUUUAUUAUUAAA